UCUCAUCUCCUAGAAAACUGCUAUAUUUUCAUUUUCAUGAGGAAUGCUAACAUCUUAUCUGCCCGAUGAAAGUAUUUAAUUUAUAUAUUCGUGGAUAGUUGAGCCAAAUUUACAUUGGACUGACUGAUCAACAGUAACGAGAAAUGGCUGAUGAAGACAUCGCAAAGAUGGAAGCCAUGUAUCUGCCUUCAACAAAAGGCAUAAACAUGGCAACAUUGGAGAAGCUUCUUGUCAAAGGAGCCAAAGAUAUCAAGAAGCAAACAUUUGUUGCCCCAGUACUGAAAAUGGAUGAAGAGGGAAAGUCGUAUUUUCUUGUCAAAUCUCGUUCCACAGAGAGGUUUGAAACAGCUAAAAAACUGGUUAUUGCCUUAGUGCAUAGAGUAUUGACUGAGCUCCGUGCUGACAAUGCAAAGCCAUCUACUGAGUCAGCACCAUCCAAGCAUGUGGCCCACAAGGAUAAACAGGCCAAAUUGAAGUCAUGUUUACCUGAGAAGCGGCAUCACCAGUAUCCCAAAGAUAGCCCCUGCCAUGACCGCCGUGCUUCAAUUGAUUCCUCUUCAAAGCCUUAUGAUAGAAACAAAAGUGAUCGAGAAACUUCUCACAAGAGAAUUAAUAAAUCUAGUGUGCAAGUCCAUGAUGAUUUGGGCCAUGCUUUGCCAACAAGCUUUGGCCGUCACUCAAGCAAUGCUCAAACUCAUAGGCAAGAUAAACAUUUAAGCUCUGGACAUGUCAGUCAGAAAGAGACUCGUAGGCAUAAGCAUGAUUAUGAUCAAAAACCAAGUUCCAGCCGCAGUGUUUCUUACAACAAAUAUGGCCAUCAUUCAAAGCAGCCCGACUCUACAGUGUAUAAGAAAAUAAUCACAGGAAACAGCAAAUCCCUUUCAUAUAGUUCAGAGGUAUCCAAAGAUGGUUCUAAAGUACUCAAACCCAUGCCUGAAAAAAGCUCUUCUGAAUCUCAAGAACCUCGGUUUGGGUAUUUGUACCACUAUGCAGCUCAUCCAUCUAGUGAUGUUUUCACACAUACAUUUGCUUUGGAAUGUUCACGUUAUAAUUCACAUUACACCAACCUAGACCACCUUGCUUCCAUCAUGUCUGCUGGAAUGGAGGGUUCUCUUAUCUUUAUCCAUGGGAUGGAGAAGAGCACAACACUGCAACACCUACGUGACAGCAUGGGCUUGCGCUUUGGGCUUGGCAAAGCCUCACAAUUAUCCUAUGUUGCUUUUUCAUCUGAUGAUGGUCUUGCUGUUGUCAAGCUUCCAUUUGCUCCUGGGACAAAAUUUUUCAAGUUUAAGAUGAUGAUAAAUAAUGUCAAGUGCCCAUUAAUUAGCUUCAGUGACCUCAAAAGUUCACCUGACGAUCACAUGCUGCGUUGCAAAUUCGCAUCACUGCUGUUCUCUCAAAAAAUUCCUAAGCGCCCCUCAGGAGUGUUCCCGCAAGGUGUCCAACCCCGUCGCACAGUCAUAGUUGCCGACUCAGCUGCUCCUCAUGUUGAUUUGAAUGUCCUCAAGACUUGGCAAACUAUUGGCCUUGUGCACAAUGAACAUAUGGACCUGUCUGGCUUCCAUGACGCAAUUAAAAACUUCAAGCGCUUUAAUAAUGACAACAACCUCUUUAUAGUCAUUCCUUGGCUUAAGUUUCUACUUGGCAAUGUUUUGAUUAGCCAAACAGGCUUUGAUGCUGCUUCUGAAAACGAGUCAUUUACUAAUGUCACAGAUGCAGAAUUAGAUGAAUUUGUCAAGUCAUUCAGCACUGAGUCUGAAUUUCAACACAACCCUGUCAUCCUGACUCACUAUGAGAGUUUUCCUGUGCCUUUAAGUAAAACAACUUCAGAUGUUUGCAAGACAAGCGAGUUUUUUGCCCGUCAGUCUAUCAACUUUGCUCAUUACCUGAGGACAGCCAUUACCAGCCGCUGCUUGAACACAGAAGUUGUUUUCUGCAGCUUCCCUCUGAAAGGACUCACAACAGCUAAUGUUUACAAGCAUUUGUGUCAAGUGAUGGCGCCCAGCUAUGCUUCAAAGUUGUGUUUGGCACUCAUGACUUCCAUGCGCUGCUUUAACAAGUUUGCUGAGAGCACAUGGAAACUUGGGGGUUUAUCAUUCACUGAUGUGGAGGAGACUUCAUUUAAUCCUUCAAAUUUGCCACGAAACGAUGAAGGAAAACAAAUUCCGCAGCUAUUCAAAGAACAAACAGUUUCAGGUGGCAGCCAAGUUGAUCACGUCACCAUGAACAAAUGUGGUUCAUUCUAUCUUGAUGACCUGUGUCAUUUAGACUGGCUAAGAAAUGACAAAGACAAUCACUCUGUUGUAGACAAUGAAAAUACUUCACUUCUAACCUUUGUAGUGGACAAUGCGGGCAAAAAUGCAUGUUCCACUAAUGAAGCUACAACUCCUGAUGCAUUUCAAGUCCCAAGAAGUGUCAAGUCUAUUUGUGUCAAAGGUCGUGAUGGAAAAACUACAGCAGUUAAUUCCUUAGGAUUUGCAGAUGAUACCAGUAAUCUAAGUCAAAAAAUGCCAGCAACCAAGCAAAGUAUUUCCUCAGUUGAUUAUGCUAUGAACGCUGAUCAGAAUGUCAUCAAGAGUUCAACUGAAACAAUGGAAAAAAAUUCCUGCAAAGAUGCUGAAGUCCCAGAAAGUAUGUUUGUUGAUGCAGACAUGGUGAAAACAGGUGUUGAUGAUGCCAAAAUGGAGAAAACGGCCCCUAUCAGUGCAGCUGUUGAUGCAGAUAUGAAGAAAGCUGCUGUUCUUGAUGCAGAUAAGGAGAAAACUGCUGUUGUUUAUGCUGAUAAAGAGAAAAUUGCUGUUGAUAAUGCAGAUCAAGAGAAAACUGUUGUUGAUAAUGUAGAUAAGGAGAAAACUGUUGUUGAUGACGCAGUCAUUGACAUUUGCAGUGAUGAAGAAAAUGAUGCUGAUGUCGGUGACACUUCAGAACCUGCACGAACAAAGCAGGCUGAGGGCCCUGCUGUUGGUGGGAGGCUGCUGGCUGAAGCUUUUGCGUCAGUCCUCAGGACUUCCCUUGUGGCCUUGAACAGCGUCAGGAAGCGCACGGGCUUCAUUCUACCAUGGACUCGGCCGGAAAAUAGCUCUAUCAAGUUGAAGAAGUUGCCCGAAGUUGUGACCCAUAGCGUUGAGCUCUGCAUCUACCAUGUAGAGCUAAACAAAGAGGAACAUAAGUAUACGUGCGCGCUGUGUCCGGAGUGUUCAGGAGACGUGGUGUGGGCAGAGCAACAUGUCUACCACGAGCCUCACGUCAUGGCAGUCACGGCGUCCUGCUACCUGCCUCCUCCAUCCUUCUCCCUCCUGGUCGCUGGUAGCUCCUCUGCUACCAACACUUACGGCCUCUCUAAAGACUUCCUGAUGAACUGUGAGCGCGCUUGUGUGAUCGAGCGCACGGCGCGCAGGAGCUUCCGCUGCGCACCGUGCGGGGUGGUGCUGUCAGCACAAGCGCUGCGCUUCCACGUGCACACAACCUGCCACACGCAGCAGCUCUGCCGCUGGCUGGGGCUAUACAACCCUCUUGCUGUUGCUGCCUUCGCCCCCAACUGGACUGCUGUUAAGAGGCUGUACCGGCAGCCUUCCUUUGACCUCGUGGUGCUGCUUGCCGACGACAUUCUGCUGCCCCUGCUGAAGCCUUACACACGCAUGAGUCAUGUGUUGGUCUACACAGCGCCGCGACUCGUUGACAAUAAGGAAGGCCAGGCUGAAAUUCUGAGACGGUGGCGCGCCGACAUCGUUCGUCUCUUGCCCAACGUCAACGACCCUAAAGCUUUGUGGAUAAUUCUUCCUGGUUUUGAUCUUUUGCUCAGCGAGAAAGUUACUUCUAACCCAUUUUCUGCGUUCCCUGGAAAUGAGACUCCAACACAAAUAUGUAGUGCAAUACCUACCGAAGUGUCUGCUAGUCGCAGUGUUCCUGAGUCAACUAACUCUGUGUUGGUGUCUACUGCAUCGACUUUGUCAUCUAGUGAAGAUGUUGGCUCGGGAAGAGAAUCGAACUUCUCAACAGAAUUACAAAGCUGCCCCACCCUUAACAGUACGUCAACAGCUGCCGUGACCGCCGACGCAAAUGGCUAUCUUCAAGAUCCCGAUGGUGUCUCACCAGCCACUGCUUUGCAAACUAUUGAAGAUAAAUAUCUUCCGUGUGCUGAACCUCAAGAUGCUGUCCAACAGCAGUCUACAAAUUUAGAUUUAGAUGCAAUUUCCAGUGAUGAAGCCAACGAUGAAGCGUUGUCACCUCAACAUGAAGCAUCUGAAAGUGCCUCAGAACACAUUCUGCGCGCCGAAAAAUCUGUACAGGACACUGAACCUGUCGGCAAAUUUUCGGGUGCUGGGAACGGGGUUGAAGAUGCAGGUGCCUUACCCCCAGCAUCAGAGGUAUUGGGCUCGGCACGACCUCUUGAAGAUCUGGAGCCUGUAACUCUGCAGGCAGAAGAUGACGUCGCAGGAAACGAAGAUAUAGACGCCUCAGAUAACCCAGAGUUUAGUUCCACAACUUGUCCAUCUACGAUAAAUGUAGAAGACAUUAUGGCGAGUGCGAGCAUCGACGUGGAGAAUAUCCAGACUGAGACUGUGAGGGAAUUGUUUAGAUCCAGAACUCCAUACACGGUGCUGAACAAGAAAUGUUGCGAUGCUCCUCUUCUUUUCAUUAAUGAGCAUCUUGAUCUUCAUCCCGACCAGGCUCUCGACAUGGCAAGUUACGCCGUGAACGACUUGCGCUCAUUCUUGCGUGUGGAGCUGGACGUGCGGCACAGCGUGGUGACGAUGCCGGUGCCGCCCCUGCAGCUCCUGACCAACGCCCUGCCUGAGUCUUGGCGGCAGGCGCUGUCAUGCCUCCACCAAACCGUCGUCGUCAACACUGGCAUCUUAAAUGAUCAACACAUAAAUUCAGUACCUGAACCUCAUCGAGAAAACACAAAUGAAGAUGAUGGAAACCUUGACAGCGAUCGUGACAAGCCUACAGUAGAAUGUGUAGUAUCUUAUACAGAUGUGCCCAGUGAACCACUUGAACCGAACUUGGGAACUUCAUCAAGCACUUUCGAGAAAAAAAUUGUCGCGAGUCCUGCUGAAAGUUCAGAUGAAACAAAAAACAAAGAAAAUGAGUCAUCGAAAACCUACGAGCUUGUUUUGAAGGAUAUGUACCACCAGCUUUCCGAUAAGACGUUCAAACUUUCGAUGACGUUGAGCAGACAAGAAAACUUCUUAGUUAUGAUGUCGAGGCGAGCCCUGGAAGCAGAAUGUGUGAGCAUCGUAUCGUCAGCACAGGAUGCACGACAGUUGAACGUGUCAGGGAGCGCGUGGCGCACUCCUCUCACGACGCUGGUGCAUGCGGCACUGAGCAGGUUGCCCACCGUCUUGCCGCGCUACGACAGCCAUGAUUUCGGUGCGCAUUUGAUGCUGCCUACGCGCACCACGCACUACGCUCUCAUUGGCGACUAUCAAGUCGUGCCCAAUAAUCCGUUCACUCACGAUAGAUUGUUUCACUUGCCGACAAAUGUGGACUUCUUCUCAUUUUCUGGCGUGGACUACAUUGUAGAGGCUCUCAAGAAACGCGCAGGCAACAAGGACGAUGUUACCUGGACAUGCUACGUUGCCUGCCCAUUUCCAAACGUGAUGUUCACCCAUGCGAUCUACGAGGAAUGUUUGCGGGACAAAUGCACAACUCCCAUUAAAAUGUACAGCGUGAGGAAGGAUGUGACCGUGCGCUCUGUAAUGGAAGUCAUCACAAGUUUCCUGACGUUGCUGGCAUGCAGACUUGGCCCAGGCUGCUACGCGACCAUCUUUCCCAUCUUCCCUGCCGUCAUGAUGGCCUUCGAAGACCUGAACUGCCACACCGAACUGCACCUCAUCGCCAAGAAGAACCUCAACUCGCAACACAUCUUCUUCUGCCGCACCCACUACAGGAAGGAACUCCGUCCCUACGUCGCGCAGUUCAACAAAGCCAUCACGGAAGUGUUCAACAAAACACGACAUUUGCCCCACAUUAAUGAAGAUGAAGAGUUUUCAUUCGUCACGACGCAGCCUCUGAUGCAGCAGCAGAAUCCUGCUGUUCUCCAAGAGACCCUGGCAGCUUGGAUCGCUCGUGUCAAUGAGGUCAUGCAGAGAUCGCAGCCUAUGCUUGCAGUGAGUCGCGUCGUUGAUUCUGUUGGCCCACCUCGGAACCCGAGCAGACCUGUUCGCUCAGCAGCGCCUAGAGGCUUCCCGCACCCCCGCCAUCCUUAUCACCCGAUGGGAGCACCUUUUGCUGCUCCACCUCCAAUGGGCGCAUACGGACCAGUCCCAGGCGAAUCUCCGUAUCCUUCAAUGUGUCCGCCGUAUCCCUCAAUGCAUCCACCGUAUCGUGCUGCCAGACCGGAAUUCGCUUCUGGCGUCCCUCGUGCAGUUGCUCCUCGUUUCCCCCACGGAGCUGGUCCUCGUUUUCUCCACGCACCGGCCCCUGGACUCCCCUCAACCCAAGAGACCGAGAAGGCACCGAGAAGCUCGACGUCUAUGAUCUCCUACUCGGGAAUUUUCGAUGUGGCCGCGAUGCGAGCUGAGCGUGAAAGCAGUGAAUCAUCCAGCAUGGAAGACAAACAAGACAGUAAAUCACGCAAGAGGCGCUACUCAUCCGUGUCUUCCUCCGCCUCUUCGAAUUCCUCUUCAUCGCCUUCGUCACGUAAAAAGCGUUCGAGAAAAAGACGACACAGUCCUUCUCCUGAAGGUCGUUCUGGUCGACGACGUAAGUCCUCGAAGCAUAAGUCGCGUCGGUCACGACGAUCACGACGUCACCGCAGCCGCCACUCCAGACGAGGCUACGACAGCGACAGCAGCAGUGGUUCGUCUGAAGGCAAGAUCAGCGACUCGUCUGAAGGCAGUAGCGGCAGUAGUCGCCACUCUCGUGGAGGCAAGAAGAAAGCCAAGUUGCGUAAACACAGGAAGGUUCACAGCGAGAAAGAGGGCACCUCUGAUUCCAGUAAAGGAAAGCACGCUAAGAAGUCGAAGUCUUCUACGUCGAAGGAUCGAGGAAAGUCGAGGAAGGAGAGCGAGACUAGAGACUCUUCUCCCGACGUUCACUUCUCAGAUCUGGUGGCCUGCGUCGAGUCUCUGGUCAAGAAACAGAGUGAAAAUCAGACGGGUUCCAGCUCUACUGUGACAAGUGCUGCGUACAGUGCCCCCCUCGGUGAGCCGGUAGCAACCAUAGACAUCGCACUGACCACCAGCGGCACCCCCCUGCCGCAGAUCUGGGUCCUACGCUUGACUUCUGGUUUUGGCAUGACCACGCCACCUAAACGCUCCUCUUACGAUACGUGGCUAGUGCGUUGCAGUUGGGAGUUGGAGGACCGAGCAGCUUUCUUGUUACAGCAACUCCAGGGCUACAGACUCAUUGAUACGCUGCUCUCUACAGAGCUCAUUACUCCUCAGCAGCCAGGAAGCCCAACUGCCGAGAAGGCAUCGCUAUACCAACGUCUGCUGAUGCAAUUUGCUUCUGAGUACAACGACAACGCCGUUACCAGGCUCCUUCUCUCGGUGUCCACAGAUAUGGACGCAGAUUUCUUUUGCGCUUCAUGGCAAGACGUGUUCACGGCUGGACUGGAAAAUUCUCCGUUAAUUGCGGCGAAUGCCGUCCGCUCAUUAAGGCACCUGAGCUCGAGUGUUGGGGUUAAAAUCCUGGUCAUCUCACCGGACUCUGAAGCCCUCAAGCACAUGAAGCUCAUUCUCAAGCCUUCCGUCACUGCAAUGUCGGUGUCCAUGCUCACUCUCAUCGAUGAUGAACCAAUAAUCGGAGAAUGCGACGUGGUGCUGGCGACGCUGCACCGCGCGUGUGAGGUCGUCAAGACGCUGCCUGUAGAGCGACUGAGGGCUCUCAUCCUGGAUAACGCGGCGCUGCUGCUGGGGGCGCCCCUGCACUCCCUCCUCAUGAGGCAAACUGUCGUGGAGCUGAAGCGCCUCGUGCUCGACUACCGCGGCAUAAACAAGGUGGGAGUGGUGAGCAAGAUUGACGUGAAGCAGAUGACGGUGGCAGAAAGUCUCCUAGAAUGCCGCUUCAUACGAACUGACCUGAAGCAGCACUUCGUCACCUCUGCCGACCACAAUGAGUUGGUUUCUACUUUACGUACUGCACACAGCAGUAGUGGCUACUCUGAUAGUGUGACCAGCGGCUACAACUCUGGCACGGCUGCUGCAUUACACGCUUCUCCCAGCGGCAGCAGUUACUCCUCUACAAGUGGGCCGAGAGGCUACAAUUCUGGCCAGGCAAAUGCACCACCUUCGGCUUCCAGCAGCAGUGGAUACUCAGCAGGUCUAGCGAGCAGUUACAACUCAGGCUCGACUGCUUACAGUGCAGGGUCCAACCCUUACAUCGACAGCAGCCGCGCCGGUGUGAGUGGCAGCCACAACAUCGCUGGAGGUGGCAGUGAUGGCAUGAGAUCUGGUGCCACCAUCCCUGCACACUCGGGACAAUAUUCCUCCUCUGGUUCAUGGCCACCACCAGCCCGACCUCCUGCCGGUCCAUGCCCCUCCUCUGGACAGUAUCCCCAAACUAGUCAUCGUCCAACACCUGGACAACAUCCCCCUGCUCACCAAUAUCCUCCGACUGGGCAGUAUCCUCCUAGUGGACAGUAUCGUCCUAGUGGGCAGUAUCCUCCUAGUGGACAGUAUCGUCCUAGUGGGCAGUAUCCACCAACCGGACAGUAUCCUCCAACUGGACAAUAUCCGCCAACUGGACAGUAUCCUUCUAGUGGACAGUAUCCUGGACAGAAUCCUCCAUCUGGACAGAAUCUUCCAACUGGACGGUAUCCUCCUCCCGGACCGUAUGCUCCUCCAGGACAGUAUCCUCCUCCGGGACAGUAUCCCCAGUCUGGAUAAUAUACCAGGUUGGAUAUUAUUCCUGAGAAGUCCAUACCCACUACUGGACCAUUCCCUGAAAUGAGCCUAAUUCCCCACCUGUAAAAAUCUCCUAUUGAAUAAUAUGGAAACCAGCUCAUCACUGGCCAAUAUCCCUUCCCUCUUCCUUACGGGACAGCAACGUGUGUCUAAUUUGUUUCCUAUGAUUUUAUCAUUAACUUUGAGAUGAUUAAGUUACUUGGAAUAGCUCUUGCUACAAAUUCAUAACUCAUUUAUGCCCACUAAUUCGUAACUCAAUGUACUAUCAAAAGGCAUUUUCGUAUUAUAUUUGUCCUCUAAUUUACACAAAUAUUAAACGUU